AUGGAUAUUUUCUUCGAGGCUGUUUCUCUCUAUCGGAAACGAAAAUAUGACGAAUGCAUUGAAGUCUGCAAUACACUGCUCAAAAAUGCCACAGACCAGCGUCUUCAGAGAGCCUGGGAGCUGAAGAUGCGGGCCAUGACGCAACGCGUCUAUCUGGAUGAUAUUGAAGCUGAUGAUGGGAUUGAAGCCGAUGAUUUGGAUACUUCAAGACUGGCCACAGCUCCUCGACCAGGGACAACUUUAAGGACAUCAUCAGGAUUAACAACAGGCGCUAUUCCUAAGACUGGAAAUCGUCCAACUACCUCAGCGGGGAGGCCACUGACAGGAAUGGCACGGCCUGGAACUAUGAAUCAAACGCGUCCGGGAUCUUCUAUGGUUAGUAGAACGGCUCCUCGCACAGGUUCUCGAUCUGGUACUGCUAGGAAUAUUCGUUUAGGAUCUGCUUCGGUUUUUACUCUUCAUGAUCCAGCUGGACCUCUAAUUGAUGUGACUCGGCUGAAUCCAGUUCUUUUUGCUGCCAAGAAAACUGUGGCACCGAUACUCUUCAGCUACCUCUACUACCAUGAAGGAGAUGUUCGAAAGGCACUGGAACUCUGCGAUGCUGCAACUAGUAAAAACAGUCAGGAUGACUGGUGGUGGAACAUGCAGAAGGGAAGGUGUUUGAUAACCUUGAGAAAUCCUAGAAAGGCUGAACAAUUCCUCCGAACAGCUUUGACGCAAUGUGCUCAUCCAGAUGUCGUCCUACUCCUGGCUAGGGUUUAUGUUAAAAUUGACCAGCCUCUUGCUGCCCUCGAAGUCUGUCGAGCUGCUCUUGAGAGACUUCCUGGUGAAGUGAGUCUUCUUAUUCAGCAAGCGCGUAUUCUGGAACUUGUAGGCAAUCUCCCAGCUUCGGUUCGGAUGUACCGGCUUGUUGCUCAGUUUGAUGCCACGAGUAGUGAAGCUCUUGCCUGUAUCGCAGUUCAUCAUUUCUACGGGAAUCAGCCAGAAAUGGCCCUAUUGCAUUACCGUAGGAUCCUUUCGAUGGGAGUGAAUAGUGCGGAGCUUCACUGCAACAUUGCACUGUGCUGCCUCUAUGGCGGGCAACUGGAUCUGGUAAUGCCAUGCUUUCAGAGAGCUUUCCGACUGGCCACAACCACGGAACAGCGGGCAGAUAUCUGGUACAAUUGCAGCUUUGCAGCACUCACGAGUGGUGACUUUAAUCUUGCACGGAGAUGCCUCAGAUUAUGUAUCAGCUGCGAUGGCUCACAUGGCGCCGCCCUCAAUAAUCUGGCAGUUUUGGCGGCGAAAGCCGGUCAACGGUCGAAGGCGAGAUCAUACCUAGCAGCUGCCAAGAGUGCUUUGCCCGAUAGCUCUGAGAUCCAAUACAAUCUCCAGCACAUCGAGAGCGCCAAAUAAAAUAUCACCAAUCAAGUCAAUAUAGAGGAAUGCUCAUUCAAUUAUUUGCAAAUGUUGGUAACAUCCAAGUUUUUCGUUUAAAGGUACACAGUAAAAAAUUAUUGGCUGCUUUACCAUGAUUUUUAUUGCAAAUUUUACA